AUGCGCGACGCCCACCACGCAGGAAUCAAUAGGGGGACGUCACGAGCGGCGUCGAAGCGUUGGUGCUCGGCCAUCGUCGUCUCCAACGCGAGCGACAUCUUGCCUCUACUUUCCGGGGGUCGACGAGCAGCUCUCCUCCAGGCCGUCACGGCCGCCUUCAGGAUCGACCCCACGCCGUGUGUUUUUUCAUUGGUCCACCGCAGAAUGGCCGACACCGAGUUCGAGGAAUUCCGACAUUACUUCGAAAGACUUCCGCAGCAUCUCAAGGCACCGCUCUCCAAUUACACGCUUGUUCACGAUGUGAUGAUAGACGAUUCGCCGACCUCGUCGCAGGAUAGCGAUGCGGAGGUGGAGAGAUCUUGCGACGGAGUCGCUGUCGAUUCCGAGGAUGAGGAAGUGGUGGUCAUUCAUCGACACGAUAAUCAAAGCGGACAUACUUCCGGAGAUGAUAGCGAAGAUCUUGAUCAUAAUUGUUCCAUUGUAGCUGAUAGCGACUUUAGGUUGGUAACCUCCUUGUUCGGUGGACUGAGCAGCAGGGGUCGAUCAGCAGGCGUCGGUGGACCGGGUCCUGGUGGAGGUAGUACUACCGGAUCCGGUAACGGUGGUAGAGAUAGCGUAGUCAGCGACGUCGGAGAUUCCUGUUCGAGUUUGAGUUCCUGGCCGACACCGGAACAUGUGCCCUCGAAUCGUCCUGGAAGCGGUAGCACCGAGCGCAGACGUCGAAGAUUACCGGAAAUCCCUAAAACGAAAAAAUCUUUACCUAUUGGACAAACGUCUAUGCAGUCCUCGUCGUCUCUAGCAGACGAAUUGAACGCAGCAACUGGUUCUAAUUCCAACCGACCGCAUUUAGUUUUACGAAAAUGUCAUUCAAGGCUUCGUCAUGAGGAUAGUUCACCCGAUAGCGAGCGAAUGGCCACCGACAGUGGCCAUUCUACUGCUCACUCGCCAGAAAAUGGGCCAAAAAGUGUAUCGCCGAUACCUUGUAACACAUUACAGAACACGGAUUCUGUUUCGCCGAGUAGUACACCAGGAAGCGGCGGUGUACCGUUUACUCAACUGGAACUAUUGGAGGCAACGCAUCGAGGAUUACACAAAUUCGUGCCAAGACACCACGAUGAGAUCGAUCUUGAAAUUGGCGAUCCUAUUUACGUUCAAAAAGAGGCCGAUGACCUAUGGUGUGAAGGUGUGAACCUGAGAACAGGUCGACAAGGUAUCUUCCCCUCGGCUUAUGCAGUCGACAUGGAUUACAGUGAUUUUGAUCCAUCGGCACCAAAAGUAAAAAGGGAACGAUACCUUUUAGGUUAUUUGGGUUCCGUAGAGACGUUGGCACACAAAGGCACUGGUGUUGUUUGUCAAGCGGUUCGAAGAAUCGUCGGAAAUUCACAAGAGUCACCUGUUUCACAAAGUUGUAUCUUAGAAGUAUCCGAUCAAGGUCUUCGAAUGGUCGAUAGAAGUAAACCACGGAAAAAUCAAGGACCUUGCCAUGACUAUUUCUAUUCGCUUAAGAAUGUCUCAUUCUGCGCCUUUCAUCCUCGCGAUCAUCGCUACCUCGGCUUCAUCACGAAGCAUCCUACCUUGCAAAGGUUCGCUUGCCACGUGUUCAUUGGCCAAGAAUCCACGAGGCCCGUUGCCGAAGCUGUCGGGCGUGCUUUUCAUCGGUUCUACACGAAGUUCAUCGAGACUGCUUUCCCGAUAGAGGAUAUUUAUAUCGAAUAGAUUAUACUGCUGGCCUGUCGUAUAGCAGCUAUGGAGGAAAAGAUAAAUCUCACAUUCCUUUGUCCCCUGUACAUACUGCCCUUAGUUGUAGAUAACUAAAAGAAAAAAAUGAUUAACGCGAAUCAAACACCCAAUUUCGAGCAACUUCGGGAAGCGUCACGACGGGACCGACUAUUCAAUGUCGUCUAAUUUUGUUUUAACAUUUUAUAAUUUAAUUUAUUAUAUUUUAUA